ACAAAAAUAUUGGAAAAAAAAAAUAGGGAUAUGAAUCGACUGAUCCGAUUGAUUUGAACUGAAAAGCGGCAAUUCGAACCGUUCAAUGCCCGUUCUUUAAUCGCCGUUUUUGCUUCUUCAUUUUCUUCACAAAUAAAAACAAACCCAAAAAGAGACCAAAAAGAAAACCCAAAGUAAAACAAACAUGGCGGAGGUACCGCCGUCAGACGGCCAGGUAAACGCCGGCGGAGGGACCGACCCGUUGGCUUCAUCUGAGACUAUUGGAACGAAACGCCAGAGACGACCCAGCGUCCGUUUAGGCGACAUCGGCGGCGACCAAGCUUAUGAUUCUCAUGUCCGAAGACAGUCGUCUUCCGCCGCCGCAUCCGUCGCCAAGCAAUGGAAACAUCAAUCCCGCCACCAUUCCGUAAAUCCCUCAGUAGCCGCCGCGAGUAUUAAAUUAUCCAAGACUCGCGCUUUAACCAAUCUCAACACUGACUUCAACGCAAAGAGCCAAACCCUCGAUGACGUAAGAGAAGCGAACAACGAUACCAACAAUUUAGAUGGCGUGGCCGUUUCUAGCUGGAGAGUCAAAGAUUCUAAGAAACGAGGCUCCGCCUCGAAGCGGGUCCGCUCCAAUUGGGUUUCCAACAGUAAUGUGGAUGCCGAGGAGAAAUACAGUGGCGGUGAAGACAACGACGAUUUCGACAUGGAGAACUCCGAAAGCCCCUUGAAAGAACAGAGUCAUGUUCAUUCUUUGGACAAUUUGGGUAUCGAUGGCAAAGAAAGGCAAGUUCUUUAUCAUGAAAAUAAUCGAAGAAGGCCAAUUCGAACUAGGGUUUCUGAUAGAACUGAGUUUUCUGGGCCAUCAGAUACUAACUUAAGGCGGUGUGAGGAAGACAGCGUUAGAACCUGGUUGGAUACUUUGGGUCUAGGACGAUACGCCCCUAUUUUCGAGAUCCAUGAGGUAGAUGAUGAGAUUCUGCCAUUGUUGACACUGGAAGAUUUGAAGGAUAUGGGAAUAACUGCAGUUGGCUCAAGAAGAAAACUCUUUUGUGCAAUCCAAAAGCUCGGUAAAGGCUUUUCCUAACAUUUUCUUGUUUUCAUCAUUGUUAUAAGAUUUUUGAAACCAGAAUUUUAUCUUCUUUUUUGAUGUAGUGAAGGUAGGAGAAUUUGUAGGAGAAUUUUGAGUCUGGUGCAAAAUUUUUUUUUUGCUGUGCAAUUUGCUCAUGGUGAACUAAAACAAUUAUUGAAAACUUUUAAUGGAAAACAUUGAGAGAUUAUUAGCU